CAUGUUUUCAUUAAAAGGAGAAAAUUUCAUUCUUGGGUAUUAUAUUGUAUUUGUGUCGGUACCCCAAUCUGAUUUUAUCCAAAAGAAAAAAAAAACGAGAAAUCCUUAAUGAAUAGAAGCCCGAAUUUAACCUAGCCUAGAUUGUAGAAACCUGGGAGUUUGUCGAAGGAGGUAAUCCGUUAACUGACAUGGGUACUGUGGCGAAAAACACACAUUUGGGGCAGCCCCAUCUCAAUUAACUUCCAAUUCGAAGCACGGAUGACACAAGGGGUUUGCUUCUUUCGCUUGUGGUUGUUUCAGAGCUUGAGAAAGAGUGGUGAAGUCACUCAUUGAACGGGAAGCAUAUAUAGGAGUGCAGUUUGGUGUUCAAACUGAUUAAGCACUUGUGAGGUUAUAAUUAUGGUUUGAUGAGCUGAUGACUAUAAUGCUAUUGGAUAAACGGAUAAUAGGAGGCCAAAAUUUGCAGUAGAAUAGACAAACAACACCAUGUUUUAAAAACAGGUUGCUGCUCAACAAAUGAUGAUGAUAUGCCGAUUUGUGUCUAGAUCUCCUUGGUCUAGAAGGUUUUUUAGUAGUGAUGCUGACAGGCGUCUUGCCAAUGCUAUUUCAGAGAUUCAUAAGGAAAUGGAAUCUGUCUUUGGUGAACCUCCUGCAUCUGGUCUUGCUGGUUCUGCUGAGAACCAUUCCGUGACUCUGAAUUUCAAUGAUUCUCAGAUUCGAUCCGAAGGUUGUACAGAAAAUAAACUUGUUUCUGGAUUGACACAUAUUGGUUCCCAAGGUGAAGCACAAAUGGUGGACGUCUCUCUCAAAGAGAUUACCAAGAGGGUUGCUGUAGCCAGUUGUAAAGUUAUUCUAGGCAGGGAGGUUUUUGAUCUGGUUGCAUCUGAGCAGAUGAAAAAAGGAGAUGUUCUUAGUGUGGCAAAGAUGGCAGGGAUUUGUGGAGCAAAGCAAACAAGUAAUCUCAUUCCUUUGUGUCACAACAUCAACUUGACCCACAUUCGUGUGGAUUUGUCACUGAAUCCCCAGGAUUUUAGUGUCGACAUUGAAGGUGAAGCUGCCUCGACUGGAAAAACUGGGGUAGAGAUGGAAGCUAUGACAGCAGCUACAGUUGCCGGCCUAACAGUGUAUGAUAUGUGUAAAGCAGUUUCAAAGCACAUCCAGAUUACAAAUGUACAGCUUGAGCAUAAAGCUGGUGGAAAAAGUGGGGAUUGGAGGAGGAAGAAUAGAUGAAGGUGCCAGGACUGGUGAAUUUUGUUGAUCAAAUCUUAUCCCAGCCAGCAGUUACAAAAAUCCUUUGGCCUUAAUGUGGUUGACUAUCUGCCGGUGAUGACACUCUGAAUGGCUGGUUUGCUCUCUUGUCGAGAUCUGUACCUGUCCUUUUGGUGUUUUUGGUUUCCUGCAUUGUAGAAUUGUCACAUUGAUCUUACAGCCUCAAAAGCUGGCAACUGCUUUUCUUUCGCUGCAUUUCUUGGAGCCAAUGAUCCCUUUAGUAAUGGAAGCUUUAUCAGAAAAGUCUAGUUUUUUGCUGCAUUUCUC